CGCACGCUUAUUAGGCACACGGCAUCCACCCCUCACCACGUACAGUAUCUUGUAUGGAGUUGGAGUAGGUAUUAGACGCUGUCUGGAUGCCAUUCUCUCCGGCUAGCUCCAUCCCCAACGCUCCAUUAGACCCCAGAGAGCAGACGAUUGAGUCACGAUGGAAAGCAAUGGCUCGAGACCAAGUCCACUUCUGCAGCCUGGGAACGUACGAGACCGCCCGCUUUGUGGUCGUACGUUGAGCGCGUGAUUUCCCGCAUGCCUGUUCUUCUGCGACAGAAAAAGCAUCGACGAGGCGCCUCCUUCAUUUCCAGCAUGCAUGCAGCCGCCCACCGAGUUGUUCCAGAGCACACCAAGCCUAAACGGAGAGGGAGACAUAUUAAAGCACAAGAGGGUGGAUGGAUAGUGCUCAGCGGUAAGCAGAGUGGCGGCGGUGACUUACACGGGCCGGAUCACAUCCAGCAAGCCAUGGAUGAGCAAACAUGCACUCAAGAGCAGCCCAAAGACAAGGUAAACAGCCUUUACAUAGGCACGAGGCGCGCUUUGCCGACAUCAUUGACGGGUUACGCAAGCACAGAAAUGGCAACGAGAGAAGAAAAGGCGAUGGAUGAUAUUGGGCGCCAACGGUGAGUACAGGACAGCCUCCACUCCUCCGCGGCGACUACUGCUAGCUACGAUGACGGUCUGCUGCAGCUUCGCCCCCAAACCCCCGCGACGAUCCUCUCAGAUAACCCCUGAGACCCAAUGCUAGCCUGCUGAUGCGAGGCGCGAUUUGCAACUCGGCUCUGCGAAUCGCCAAGAGCACUAUUGCGGUAUUGAUGCUAUACGAAC